UACUCGUUGCAUGCCGUUCGUGCAACGGUCUCGUUUGCAUCUCUCGGCUCAAUUACAGGAUCCGUCAGUCGUGCUGCGCGAUCAUCGCGCGCAAUGGUGUUUUGUUGUGGUUGGGGUAAUAUUUCGACUUGCAGUGAUGUCGACCACGAUGUGACUGCAUUUUUCCAACCUCGGCGAUACGUUCAAAGAGUGACACUCCGGUCCGGGCGCGCUCGGCGCCCACGCUGAUCCUAACCGAGGUGCGCCGAAUGAUGAAGGCUGAACGAUGCUCCGAAUAAACACCAUGCAACAUCCCAAAAAAGCUGUAUUGCUAAUGUAUCAAUUGUUCUAUACAUUUGAUGCAGAAGUCACUUUGGAGAAAACAGAACUGGAGGAAAUAAUAUGAGUAGGAAUAAUCAUGUAAUGAAAUCAUAAAUAAAAUUUUCUCCAUGGAGGACUACACGCCGAUUGACGAGGAUUUCCCGGGUCGGUUACUGCACCAAGCCGCACUCUGGGACAAUGCCGAACUGCUAGAGGACCUUCUACGCGGCGAGCACGCGCAGUACAUCAACAGCAAGGACUCCUGGGGCAGGACACCAAUGCACGCCGCAGCGAUCACAGAGAACUCCCGAUGUCUGGACGUGUUGCUGACCGCUAGUGCCGAUCCGAACAUUACCUGCGGCCCUCGGGGUCAUCACAGGACACCAUUGCAUGUGUGCGCGGAGCACGGUCAUGCGGGCAACGUGGAAAGACUACUCAACUACAAUGCGGACCUCAUGAUCCGUGACGACGACGGCCUGAAGCCACUCGACAUUGCCGAGAAGGGCAAGCACGAUUCCUGCAUUCGCCUACUGAAAACGGCGGCUGAGAAGUAUGAGUUAGCCAAACAAGCGACCCAUGCUUCUCUGCGCGCGGCUUGUAUCCAAGGCGAUACCGUGGCCGCUAGGAACAUCAUACAGGGCCUGUCCAAUGACCUGGAAUGCGUAGUAAACAUGGCGCCGAACGGCGCCAACACGCUGCUCUUCGUGGCCUGCGAGAGCGGUCACAAGGACAUCGUGCGGCUACUGCUGGAUCACUGCGCCGAUUGCCGGAUCCACCCGGUCACCAAGUAUUGUCCGCUCUACAUAGCGUGUUACCAUGGCAAGGUGGAAGUCGUUGACCUGCUGUUACGCCAUUUCCCCAAGCAGGUGCAGAUAUUCACAGUGGAACGUUGGCUGCCGAUCCACGCCGCCGCUAUAAACGGCCACUACUUGGUGGUCGACGCGCUGCUCAAGUUCGAAUAUCCACAACACGUCUAUCAACGCUACCGAGAUCCGUCCGGCGAGUUCGAGUACGAAUUGCCGUUCGACAUCAACGCGCAGGACGUCACCGGCCAACACGUUCUAUACAUAGCUAGCAUGCUGGGAAACGUCAGGUGCGUCGAGCUGCUGUUAGGCUACAAGGUGAAGGCGAGAACAAUGAAAGAGGAGGACGCGAGUGGUACGCAGCAGUUACCAGUGUCCAAGCGCAAGAUCUCCAGCGGUAUCCAGAGGCUCAUGUCCUCGUUGAACUUCCGUAGUAAAGCAACCACGGACAAAAAGGACGAUAAAAUGAUAUAUCCAGUGAAUCUGGAUCUCUACUGCAACAACAACAGCGAGACAUCGCUUCACGCGGCCGUCAGGGGCAGGCACACCGACGUGGUGAACGCCCUCCUGCAAGCUGGAGCAAAUCUGGAAUUACCGGUCAAGAUCCCAUACGAUCAGAGCGAUCCGGAUGGCAGUUAUUCGAACGUACUAACGAUUGCAUGCCAGAAUCGCGACAUAAAGAUCGCAGAUUUGCUACUGAAGCAUGGCGCGGUCGAUAACGAGUGCAAAGCUCUAAAGAUCGCCGCCCAGAAUCGCGACGAGGCGUUGACCGCGAAGUUGCUCUCGAUUAAGGCACACCCGGACUCCGAGUACAAAAUUAACAAGAAAGCUAUGACGGAAUGCACGCAGAGCUCGCACUUCUCCGCCCUGUCGUCCUUCGGCCACGUCACGUAUUCCGCGUUGUUUCCCAAGACGCCUACCAUGAUCAACUGGCAUAACCAGCAGUGCCACUUGUCGCAGAUCCGGCUGCAGUGGCUGAUCGACGCAGUGCUGCACGUGAACAAGAAAUUGAGCCCACGCAACAACGACCUGGUUCUUUACGCCAUCACGAGAAUCGACAUCUCCCACAACUCCAUUACCUCCGUGCCGUCCACCGUGUUCUACCUACAAAGUCUGAGAUACCUCAACAUGGCGCAAAACAAGAUCGACACUCUCGUGGCUGACUCGAAGAAUCCCAAGGACAAGUUGUGCCCGGUUCUCGAAGAGAUGUAUCUGCAAGACAAUCGACUGGAGCAAUUGCCGGAGUUCAUAAUGAACUUGCCGACGCUGGAGAUCAUGGACGUGUCCAAUAACAAACUGCAGUGCUUGCCGCAGAAUCUAUGGCGUGCACCCAAGCUCAAAGAGCUGAACGCGUCGUUCAAUCUUCUGCGCGAUUUGCCGAGUCAGGCGUCGCAGAACGUCUUGAGAAAGCGCGACGAUGGUCAACCGAACGGCGCCAGCUGCCGCGGACUAGUAGCUGCCGCUAUGCCGCGGGUGGAGUCCAUGGAGUUCGAUUCGUUCACGAAGAUCGCGAACGCGCAGGUGAUCGAAAUGGAGCGGCCGCACGUGUGGACUAGCUCAGUGCAGGUGUCGGAGAAGAUGAGCGACGACACGGAGAAUGGUAACAAGUCGGUGUUGACGUCGUUGAAUCUGGCGCACAACCUGUUCAACAGUAUCCCGGUGGCGUUGCCGUGUUUGGCAGUAAGCUUGGUGCGUUUGAACAUGGCUUACAACUCCCUGCGAUCCAUGAGCCACAUCACCUCAUACCCUGCGAGCCUCAAGCAACUGGACUUGUCGAACAAUCAGAUCACACGCUGGCCUAGUCUGCCGCAGAUAGACAGUUCCGACAGCAUGGAGCAGGCGAAUACGGCCUGCUACUGCCCGGCGACGAACGCGCAGUCACCUAUCGUGCCUAGCAACCGGCAGACACCCACGUCGAUGCGCGACAUUGUGCUGCAGUCGGUAUGCACGCACAGGCGGCAUUUACGGCUGGAGAAUCUACGCACGCUGAUAUUAGCGAACAAUCUAUUGAAUCGCAUCCAGCUGACGUCAGUGGACGACGGUGAAAUGCCGAGCUUUGAAGACGAGAACGUCGACAAGGACUCCAAAACCUCAGGAGGACCAUCCGGCUCUAAGUCGUACCUACUUUUCCCCAACGUCAGCAUGCUGGACAUUAGUAACAAUCAGCUAAGGGAAAUCCCGCACAACAUCUAUGAGUUAAGCAACCUGUCGGUGUUGAACAUCAGCGGCAACAACGAGAUCGUCGAGCUCCCGCCGCAGAUGGGUCUGCUGGGGCGGCUGUGGAACCUGAACACGCAAGGCUGUCGAUUGCAGGAACCACUCAAGUCAAUGAUCGAAUCAAAGAAGUACAAAACGAUGGAUGUGAUCGGUUACCUCAAGUCGAUCUUGGAGGACGCGAAAGCAUAUGCGCGUAUGAAGCUGAUGAUCGUUGGUAUUCAGGGAAUCGGCAAAACUAGUUUGCUGGAACAAUUACGCCAAGAGGGUGAAGUACCGAAUAAGAAGAAAGCGUCCGAGCAUUGGGCCAAGCGAAUGGGUAACAAGAACAUUAACGCCAAGACCGCCAAAGGCACAACCAUCUCGACAGUAGGUGUGGACAUCGGUGAUUGGAUCUACGAGAAGAAAGUGCGCGGACAAUCAUCUCACGGAGCGGUCUACUUCAGAACCUGGGAUUUCGGCGGCCAGAGGGAGUACUAUGCGACACAUCAGUAUUUCUUAUCGAAGCGCAGUCUGUACUUGGUCGUGUGGAGAAUAACGGACGGCUUCAAGGGCGUCUCGGAGAUCUUCCAAUGGUUGGUGAACAUCCAAAGCAGAGCACCCAACUCGCCAGUCAUCAUCGUCGGCACUCACUACGACGUCUCCUAUGAGCACAGCGAAGGUCUGCAGCAGUAUAUUCGCGACAAGUUCAUCAACGUGGUAGACGCCGAGAAGUGCGGUUUGCCUAAAGUCAUGGAGACCAUCGAAGUGAGCUGCAAGACACGCCACAACAUCAAAAUGCUGUGCAAUCUCAUCUACGAUGUCGUGUUCAGUCUGAGGUCGCCCGGUAGCAAGGAGCUCUUGCUGGAGCAGAAGGUUCCAGCGAGUUAUUUGGCUCUGGAGGACGUGGUAAUCCAAUUGGCGCAUGAUAGGAAGCUAUCCGGUUUAGACCCGGUGCUGAAGGCUGAUCAGUAUUAUGCAGCGGUUAACAACGAACUCCAAAAGCUGCACAGAUCCUUCAGGGAUCCCGCCGAGCUGCACCAGGCGACGCUCUUCCUCCACGAGAACGGUAUAAUCUUGCAUUAUGACGACGCCACGUUGAAGGACCUGUACUUCUUGGACCCGCAAUGGCUCUGCGACAUGCUCGCUCAUGUGGUCACCAUACGGGAGAUCAAUCCAUUCGCUCGAUCUGGGAUAAUGAAGCUGGACGACAUUCAGCAUGUGUUCAAGUCUUCUACAAUCUCGUCAAUUGACACACAGGGCUACAUCGUCAACUUGCUCAAUAAAUUCGAGGUUGCACUUACGUGGGAUUGCCGCACGCUGUUAAUACCGUCCCUCUUGCCGACCGAGGAAGAUAUCCUGCGUAACAAUCAGAUUAUUAAAGUGCCGGUGAAGACACGUGGUUGGCAUGUACGCGCGAAGAAAAUCACGUCGCCGAUGUUCGCAUGUCUCGGCGCGCCCAGCGACAAAAGCAACGCCGAGUGCGUGCUCACGUCGAGAUCGCAGCCGGAUUGCUCCGUCACGAGAUUGCUUCUGAUGUCAUACUUCCCAAGCGGCUUCUGGUCCAGGCUGAUCACCCGAAUCUUGGCCGACGAUGCCAUCGUCGAAAUUGUUAUGUCGUUCUUAGCACCCUUCAAAGAUUUCGUCGACGACAACAUUUUCGCGAGUCUAUUGGACUUGCAGGCGGAAUGGGUGCUUUGGCAGACGGGAAUCGAAUUACGGUACUCUGGAAUAACCCUGCUACGCCUCAAGGAAGUCUACUACAGUCUGAAGAACUCACCGUACGAUUAUCGGCAGUUUAAGUUCAAGCUGAAGCAGGACGGCAUAUGGUGCACCGUGGAUCUGAAGAAUUCCGCUAUAUUGGAGAUCUGGUUUCCUGUAGACACCUUGGUGAUCAAGCAACCUAUCAUGUCCGAUUCGGUGGACGAGGAGCCGAUGGGCUACCAGGCGAUCGUAGUGGAGCCACGGCCAGAAAGUAUGCCGCAGUUGAUGGCAUUGAUCGUGGAUCAUAUUGAUAUCCUGUUGGAAGACUGGUACCCUACUUUGGGCACUCGUUUCGUCCACACGUCGGAGGGCAAGCUGCUAGUGACGAGGCUCAUACCGUGCCCACGUUGUCUUCUCGGCAACACCGACGGCAACGGCGAGAGUGAGUCAAGCGACAGCGACCGGUUGAUCGAAGACAUUCAAAAGUAUUGUGUGAACCGCGAGCGACAAAGCCAAGACAGCUACAAAUCCGACGGCGACAGCGGUGUAGGCUACGACAGUCUCACGUCCAGCAGGAUGCCGUCUCUGGAGGGACAUCCAGAUAUGUCCAGGCAGAGUUCGCAUUCCGAAAAUACUCUCGCAUACUCUUGGAUGGUGGAAGAGUGCAUACUAGCGGCGUACAGCAAUAAAUCCAUCAGCUGUCCUAAGCAUUCGGAGAUUCCCUUGUCGCAUGUCGCACCUGACAUCAUCUUUAUGGAUCUCGGCACGAAGCAUCUCAUCAAGUCGGAAGAUUUGAAGAGAGGCAAGUUGCUGGGCCGCGGCGCCUUCGGCUUCGUCUUUCGUGGUAGCUGCCGGCUACCAGGUACCCACGUGAGGGCCGACGUGGCCAUCAAGAUGUUGCAGCCGGUCUCACCAGGUCCCAAUUCCAAGCAGUCAGCGAUCUUGGCGUACAAGGCAUCACAGAGCAAAUGGGACCGCGACCCGUUGCAGUACGCUUGCAAAGCUUACUGUAUGGCUCGUCAAGAGCUUAAUAUCUUGUUGACGCUUAGGCACGCCAACAUCGUGCCACUCAUCGGCAUAGUGGUCAGCCCGUUGGCUCUCGUGCUGGAUUUGGCCCCACAAGGUGCGUUAGACGGUGUGCUGAAGAACUAUCGUCGUUCUGGCGCCAAGCUGGAUCCGUACACGCUCCAGGCGAUAAUUCUGCAGGUCGCCAAGGCGGUGGAAUACUUGCAUCAGCAGCACGUCAUCUACCGCGACCUUAAAUCCGAGAACGUACUGGUGUGGCAGAUGCCGUUACCAUUCCAAGAGAUUCCAGAGCCGGUGCACGUGAAAGUGGCCGAUUACGGUAUAUCGAGGCUAACGUUGCCCACCGGAGCCAAGGGUUUCGGUGGUACUGAAGGCUUCAUGGCGCCUGAGAUCAUCAAGUACAACGGUGAAGAGGAAUACACCGAGAAAGUAGACUCGUUCUCCUUCGGUAUGUUCAUCUACGAAUUGGUGACGCUGCGCCAGCCGUUCGAGGGCCACGAGGCGGUGAAGGAGUGCAUACUGGAGGGCGGUAGGCCGCCGCUCAUGUACCGUGAGACCUUCCAUCCAUGUUACGCGCUCGAUCUGAUGGUGAUAUGUUGGGCGCAGAAUCCGAAGGACCGACCGACCGCCAGCCAAAUCGUCUCGAUCGCGUCCGCACCCGAGUUCACACAUCUGAUAGACGUCACCCUGCUGACGGAACGCACGCAGGUGACUGCAGUCACCAUGACGAGCCGCGGUGCGGACGAUAGUCUGAAUGGCGACGAGAUCUGGUUCGGUCACAAUAACGGCGAGGUGGACAUGCUGCUCGGCACGCAGAAGGGCUGGUUGCGCCAUGUGCGGAUCGAGACACCCGUGAUACCGUACGCGAUGUGUGGUUUAGACGGCUACAUCUGGAUCGGCGACAACACCGGUCAGGUGCAUGUCUAUCUAUGCGGUAACUUCGGCUGUGUAGCCAGUUACAGUCUGGAGACGGAUAAUGCGAGGGAAUCCAAGGUGGUCGGGCUGACCCACCUGGAGCAAUUGAAGCAGUUCGCCGUGGCGUUGCAUAGCGGUAGGAUCUGUCUGUUAUCCGACACGUUCACGCAGAUGAAACGGACAGAAAUCGCUAGUGAGGCGCGCAACGACGUUAAAACCUACUCGCUGGCGGCAGUUUGCCGGAAGAGGCGCUUACUAGAGCUUUGGGUGGGCCAAAGCUUUGGUCGGGUGUCCGUCUACACGCUGAAGGACGGUAAUCUCAUAGACACGGUGCAACUGUCGCACGGAGGUGGCGGUGGAGGCAGCGGCAGCGGCAGUAGCAGCGGUGACGCUGCUAUGAGGAACCUCUUUGCCACGUACUUGACCAGCGCAGCCGAGAGUUUCGUCUUCUCGUAUACGUAUCCGGGUUGCGUGGUGUAUCAAUGGGACGUGGACAGCCGGCAAAUCGUUAACAAGCUCGACAUGUCGAAGCUAGUACCGUGCUCGGAAAGCCUCAAGUCGAUCGCCAUCGAGGAGAACCUGUCGACGGAGAAGUGCCAAGUGACUGCGCUCGAGGCCAACGCCAGUCAAUUGUACAUCGGUACCACCUGGGGCUGCAUCGUCGUCGCCGAGUGCAACACUCUACGGCCCGUCACUGUGUUCCGGCCGUUUGAGGGCAAAGUCUGCCAGAUCGUGUCUUUCAGGUCCGCCGACAAGAAGAAGGUGGUGCUGGCUACAGUCGGCCAGGGCUACCGCAGCUUGAUCUCGCGGUACACGGACUUCCCGCUCAAGAGCCUCGAAAGUGAAGAACUGAAGCACGGCAUGUAUACCCUGCUAUGGCGAUCGGAGAACUGGUCGGCGGCUUGAUCCUCGCGGAGAGUCUAAGGCUCGUGUUCUCAUUCGCGUCUAACGGUGUGUUUCGCGUUUUACAUAACUGUCCGAUUUUAAUGACGAGGCACGCGUUUGACGACGCGCAAAUUCAGGACGAUCUUGAAUUCUGCUCAGAUGUCGAACAGAUAGACCUAUUACUCUUUUUUCUUGCCGCUUAAAAGUGGCUGAUGAGGAUCUAUAAAAGAUUUUUACAAAUAUGGAGAGACUGUAAAAUAUUAAUACAUAUAUAAUUUGUUGAUAUCAAACAUUUUGUUAUGUAUUAUGUACUUUAUGUUCGUUUAUCUAUUUUAUAUCUAUGCGGAAUAUCAGAUUUUCCUUGUAACUUGCGCGUAUUGCCGAACAUUCUAUGUGAGCUUUAUUUAUUUUAUAUAAAGACGACAGAGAGUCAGUGCACAUACACAGUGACAUAAGAUAAGAAUAGACUGCAUUUAGCAUUGUGCGCGCGAUGAACAAAUGGACCUGGGUCCAAUUUGGCUCUCCGUUACGAGAAAAUAUGACAAAACGAAGUUCCCACUGUAGCGAGAUAUACGGUCACAAUGUGCCAAUGUGCAAAGUGUUAGGAUUCGCUACAAUGAAACUUCUUGAAAUUCCAUGUAACGGGGUUGCGAGACUUCCCUUUACGGCGGCGCGAUAUGCGGAUGUGCUUAACGGUGCGGGUUACGACUGACUAUGCUUGAUGAAUCUUAUACGUCCAAUACAAGUAUAGUACGCAGUGCAAAGAGUGUUCGAUAUGACAUAAGCAUGACUCAAGGCUCUAUGUGCAAAUAACGCAAAUAACAUCGUAAAAUCUAAAAGAGGAUAAUCUCACAGAUUUCAAAAUCUCGACUUUUCUUGGAACAUGAAGCUUAUCGGACACUCUAUCUAUUGCGUCACAUAGUGUGUAAGCAAGAUCCUUAGUUCGUCCAGGAUGCAGGAAUUAUUGAACCAAAUGUGUAAGAAAUAUCCUUAUUUUGUAUAAAACUAAAUCCUAAAUGAGCAAUCUAACGACGUCUCGGAAGAUAUUUUCUCGUUUGAUUUAACUAUCGAUGAACGUUAGGAAAAUCAUGAUACGUAUUUAGACAUUCAAGUAUUCCUCUCUCUGGCAAUUGAGAUUGACGAAAUGACAAUUUUAAGAAUGGAAGAAGCGGAAAUGAUUCUGAUAUUAAACGCGACUUGUCUCAUGUCACGUGAGAAGAAUAUCCCGUCAAAUAAUAUUAAUAUAAUUCAACUGUUUUAGAUAUUAAAGAGAUAUUUUUAGGACUGUCGAUCGAUUUUGAUAAUAUCGUUAAUGAUAAGCUUCAGUAAAUUUGAGCUGUUAACGGUAAUCUCGAGAUAAUUUCUAGAUCACGCUAUCUUUCCCUGCGAUCCAACUACAUCACGUCCAAAAGAGUAUCACUCGAGUCUCGAAGAUGAAAGGUUGUGGGAUAAAUUGUAUAAUUAUAUAUUAGCGUUGUGUUAUUGUAUAAUGCAAUAGGAAUAUAUAAGCUGUCCGCGAUCGGAUGCUAGAAGUAUUUUGCUCAAUCGAGUCAUUCAAUUUCCACUGACGAUUUAAUUAUUAUAUACGAGAUGUUUCCCAAAUAACUAAUGUGAUAUAAGACACUCAGCGGAAAGAGAAAAACGCAAGAUAUUGCCGAAACUAGUUACGCUACUUUUUAACUGGCUCUCUAAUUCGUUUCGUUUUCAACGAAGAGCUUUUCAGAAAACUGGCCAAAAAUGCUGUUUGCUUGAUAAAGAAUCGAUUCUCUUUUUUUGAUACGUAAACUGCAGGAUAGUUCUUAUAAUAGUUUGUACCAACUAAGCGAGAGAGAGAGAGAGGGGGGGGGUAAGUGACGUAAUGAGACGUAAGUGAGUAAUGAGAUUCACAUGUCGAGAUUGACAUAUCGUACUUCCAGGAUAAGACUGACGCAAUUGAGAUGAAUAACUAAAUCUUCCAUCAAGAAAAUGUCAUCAAGUAUCAUCAUUCUGUUAAGGAAAAAUAUAUAUUUUAUUUUAGAUAAGAGAAUAGAAUUUUAAAAAAUUCAAGAAUGUCUAAUUGACUAAAUACAAAAAAAUAUAUUAGUUUCUUAUUCUCGUGAUAAUUCGCCGUUUUAAAUUGCGUUAGUCUUACUCAGAAGAUACGAUACUUGUGUUACGGAAUAAAAGUACCGAUGCUCGAUUUUUUCAAUGUUUCUCAAAUACUCAUUAGGGAAUGUUAAAUGGAAUAAGUAACGUUAAAUUGAAAUUGUUGAUUUCUAACAGCUACAUUUCUCUUUAAUAUAAAUGAUAUUUUUAACAGAUAUCAACAAAACAAGAUGAUAUUUAAAGAGAUAAUUAUUCGUUAAUUGGUCACAAGCCGGAUAGUGUCUCGAAUAAAUGUGAUAAAAUCGAUCAUGAGUCCUUUUAUCGUGUGCAAUAAAUAUACGAUGUUUAUGGCUUGCUACGUUCCUGAAUUUGGAAUGUUCGGUAUAUUAAAUAGCUUUAAUUUAUAUAUAUAUAUAUAAAUAACAUAUACAUAUUGGAUUUAUUUAUACGAGAUAAAUUUGCGUACCUUUUAUACUUAUUUUUAAGUUACUUGUACCUGCAAAAAGCGCAUGUGAAGCGAAUUAUAGUGAUAUACAGCGCAGCUUGUAUCCUUUGUUUCUUAACAUGUCAACUAUUAUUACAAGCUAGGAAUUAUAUAUUGUAGUAUACAACAAACUCGAGAUUAUAUUGUCAAAUACGUCUCAAAGUGCGAUGAGUGAUUAAUACUAUAAAGGAAAGGAAAAAGUACUAGUUAUUACAAUAUGAUAGAAGAUUUUACGAUUGAUCUCUGUACAUUAGAAACGUCAGUAAUUAGAGUAAUUUUACGUUCACUCAUCAUAAAGAUUCUCGUGGUUUAUCAUUCCUUAUUCACUACAGCGUGUUAUAACUUUGCCGAGAUUCAUUGUUACUUAAUAUAUUGAUUGUCACGAAAUAUAAACUGUUGUUGAACAA